UGACGCAAAGUGGCCCUAAACAUAAUAAUGUAAUACUAUUUAGACAGACUUGCACUUGUUUCUUAAUUUAAACUUUAUUUCUAGGGGAAUAAGAGAGUUAUUAUAUACUAUGAUACUGGCUUCAGUUAGAAAUAAUUAAAACAUUGUUUAAAUGGGAGUCUGAGAGUGAUUACGCACUGUCUGAAUGUCUUGCUGUCUCCUUAAACGCAUGUUUACAUUCAUUCUUCAUGUCAUAAAGCCUUAUUGUCUGCGCAAAGACAGGGGGAAAGGUCACACACACACCCCAGGGGAACUGCACCAUGGGGAAACACAUCAACAGAUGAGUGGCCGGGGAUGGAUCUAGCAGAGGAGGAGCGGGCUUUGAAUUACAGACCACCCCCUCUCCAUCAUCCAGCCCCCUAAACACAGACGCUACAUUCAACAGAGGAAACGGAAAAGACGAAACAUACAAGAAGGUUUUUCAUUUCAAAACCCCGGGGCAGUGGAAAGAACAGAGAGUUCCUUUCUUAAACCUAAACUUGUCCACUUUUGGCUUCAUUGUUUGACCACAAACCCGGCCUCCCACCCCGAUCUUUCCCCACUUUGUGCCCAUCUUUUCCCCAGCUGUUUGCAGCUGGCAGAAAGCACCCGCCCUGUUCGGGAAAAAGGGACCGAGAGUGACCGGAGGAGGAGAGAGAUGCCACCCCAACCUCCACAGCCUCCCCAGCCGCAGGUGAGGACGAAUAUCUUAAAGUUCCUCAAGAGUUUUUUGGGAAUCGUCCGGAUCCUGCAGAUCGCGUUUGGAGCCGGCCUGUGGGUCACCAUCGCCGCCAACAAAUACGAAGGAUCCAUCCACUUCGUCCUGUUCGUGGCGGUCCUCUUCUGGCUCCUCACCCUCGCCCUUUUCUUCCUCACCCUCCUGGACAAGCAGGACCUCGUCCCGCUGCUGGGAGGGGAGCGCUGGUUGGCCACCAACCUGGCGCACGACGUGGCCGCCGCGGUGCUCUACCUGCCGGCCAUAGCUGUCAUGAUCUACAAGACGGAACGCAACUCGUACUGCAACCUGGAGCAGUACAAGCACCCCUGUAUGUACAAGAUCUACCUGACGGCCGCCGUGUUCGCCUGUCUGUGCUGCCUGGUUUACCUCCUGUCGGUUAUUUAUGGUGCGUGCAGGAAGUGCCGGGGAGAACAGACGGUCAUCUGAUGAGACUGAUGGCGACAGGGAAGGUGGUGGUGGGGGAG